UCGAAUCCGUCGGGCAGGUCGGGCUCUUCGUGUCGAUCGGAGCGGAUCUUACGACACGACUUGGGUGAUUCGACUUUUGAUACGCGCGUAUCGGCGGUACGACUUUCGUUCGAGAGAUCCGGCCGUAUCGCCAUCGACGAGCGAACGGCCCUCUUUUCUCGCGCGCUCAGCCGAGAGAAGAGUUAUUGCCCGACGGUCGUGCUGUGCAUGUCAUGGAAUACCGAGAAGCGGAGUCUGUUGCUACGCUAGCUUCGUGACUCAUCGCGCGAACGAUCGACCCACUUGUCAUCCCGCGUUGACAAGUGCGUAUACACACGCGCGCGCUCGUCUAGGAGGGGAUAUCGCACGCGAGGCGUGAGGAGACGGCGAUCCCCGCGUCGCCCCGAUCGCGAGCUUCGUCGUCGGCAUCGCGGAGCAGCGAGACCUACGUUUGCAUCAAUAAUUGCUAAUAACAUCGCUGACAGCUCAAAGAUGGAUGCCGGAUUCUCGUCGUACCACAACGGUGGUCCCGCGCGAGAGCAGGACUUCGGCAGGCUGUCCCAGACGAUUGGCACCUCGAUACUGAAGAUAUCGCAAAAUGUGUCUUCCAUGCAGAAAAUGGUCAAUCAGCUGGGCAGUUCCACCGAUUCGCAGGAGCUCAGGAAUCAGCUGCACCAGAUACAGCACUACACGCAGCAGCUGGCGAAGGAUACUAGCGUACAUCUUCGAGAUUUGGCCAUACUGGCGAAUAAUUCCGGCUCUACGAGUCCCGGGGAACAGAGGCAGCGGAAAAUGCAGAGGGAGCGCCUACAGGAUGAAUUUACCACCGCAUUGAAUUCUUUUCAAGCUGUACAAAGGCUAGCUGCUUCUAAGGAGAAGGAAAUGGUCAGGAAGGCUAAGGCUAAUGCCGGUAUCGCGCCGUUCGGAGAGAAGAAACAGGAUACGCUCAUCGAGUUGCAAGACAGUAGAACGUAUGGGAGCGAUCACGCGAAGCAGCAGCAGGAGCAGCUGCAGGAACAGAUGAAUUUACGAAUGUUAGAGGAACAGGAAGCCAGCAUAAGGCAGUUGGAAAGUAACAUUAGCGACAUUAACCAAAUAUUCAAAGAUCUCGGUGCUUUGGUGUACGAUCAAGGAGAGGUGAUCGAUUCCAUAGAAGCGUCGAUCGAAAGAACCGAGGUGUCCGUCACCGAGGGCGCUUCUCAAGUGAGGCAAGCGAGUAUGUAUCAGACCAAGCUGCGCAAGAAGAAGUGUAUCAUCAUAGUGAUCGCGGUAAUCGUGCUGGCGAUUUUGAUUGGCAUCAUAGUUUGGAAAAGCCAGUAAGAAGGGAGAUAUGCACGUAUUUAUGACAAUGUACAGCAUGAUGAUACAUAAGGUAGUGCUACAAAAAGAAGCCGGCUGUCUGUGUUACGAUUGCAGACUCGCAGGUCGGGUAAAGUUCUUAGUGACGUUUCUGUCCAAAUUCUAAUUAUUUUAAAACCACGCAGGGGAAUGUAGCAUUGUCACAGGGGACGCAGGAAAGUGUGAAGAGAAAUACACACGUUCUUGCGAAUUUAAUCCAUGUAAUUGUGAUAACCGAUAGGUGCGAGUAAAGUUCUAACGGCACGUCUAAGGAUUGCCGCAGUCCAUUUGUACGUUUCAAUACUCAUAAACUGUCAGUGUACGAUUAACUAUAUAUAUAUACACAAUAUUAUACGCGCGUAUGACAAUUUAGGUAACUCACCGCGACUAUAUGUAACAAAGCUACGUAAGUGUGUGUCUGUCUGUGGAGUGCUUGGUAAAAUGAGUAACAAAGUAUGCUUGUUGUAUCUACAAUGCAACUGUAUUGUGCCUGUAAAGUAUCUUAAGAACUACCUAACAGAAACUUCGAAUAUCUGAGCAUUAUAGUACUUUCAAAAAAAUCCAUCAAAGCAUUCACGUAUAAGUUAAUGUAUUAUAUUUAGUUUAGGGAUGUUGAUUUUUGUUUUAAACAAGAUACAAUAAACAAUAUGUAUAUAUAAAGACUGGCAAGAGUAAGCUCUGGCUCUGAUUAUUCUCACCAUGCAAAUCUUACAAAUAAGCACUUUAUAAUAGAAUACACGUGUAAUAGAAGUAAUAGAGCAAGAUUAGCGCUUUCAAUAUCGAGGAGCUUAUGAACAUACAUGUCUACAUUAAGAAUGUAGUAUCAAUAAAUAUAAUAUAAAGUAUAUAA